CCAUUUCCCUGCGAAGCUAAACUGACCCCUGUCCUGUGUGCAAGCGAAAGAUGAAUCAAGAUUAUCAAUUGCUUAUUUGUGAGCUGUUCAGUUUUCUUUGGAAAUUUUCUUAUUGACUUGUUAUGAAUGAAAGACUACGUGCACAGUGGUGAAUUAAAUGUAAGCAUAUUAGAAAAAGGAAAUUGAUCUUGAAAUGCAGGGCAAUAGUAGAUUCUAUCCGAAAGGUCUCGGGAAUUGUUAAAUUAUCCUGGUGGAAAAUUUAAGCGGAUAGAAAAACGUGAGAUUAUCAAUCAGUCACGGUGAUAACAUUGCCCUUGACAAUUUAUACGCUAUUUUCGGUUAUUUCAUGACAACUAACCUUCAACAUCGCCGCCAUCACAAUUCUUUGACAUGUUAUACUAGUUGCUGUAUUAUUUCCAUUUACCUACGCCGAUGCAACGAACCUUCAACGGACCGCCAACACUACAUUCAAAAAAUCCACCAUGGGAAUGUGAAGUGAACUACGGUAAUUGUACACAGAGCGCGCUUUGACAGCUAUUUCUGUUUAAUUUCUGUCAAUAUUGUCAGCUGUAAUUUUGUCACAUGUCACAACCCGAGAUAGGUUACGCUUCAAGUAUUGAAAUUGUGAUGGUUGAAGAAUAAUCAACAACAAAUUUAUUAAUUGAUUACUUAGAACCAAUACGAUGGAGGCUAAGCCAAAGAGUGAACAUUUGUUGGCUUUGAAAGUUAUGAGACUGACAAGGCCAACUCUUGCUAGUCCGAUAAUUGUAUCUUGUGAUUCAACGGAUCUACCUGGAAACACACUGAAUAAUGAACUCAAAAAUGAUAUCACCGCUCUACAAGGAAUGGAGACAUUGGCUGUUGGUCAAUUCAUGAUGUUACCUCAAAGCUUUGGUAAUAUUUAUUUGGGAGAAAUAUUCUCCAGCUACUUAUGCGUUCACAACGGUAGUUCUCAAUUAGUUAAAGACGUGAUUGUGAAAGCAGACCUGCAAACUAGCUCUCAAAGAAUACCUUUAUCUGGUCAUAAUGUGGAACCAAAGGAAUUAGCACCUGACAGUACGGUAGAUGAAGUUAUUCAUCACGAAGUUAAGGAGAUAGGCACGCACAUAUUAGUCUGCGAAGUUACUUACACUCCUACCUCGCCUGUAGCAUCGCCACUGUCAUUCCGAAAGUUCUUCAAGUUUCAGGUUGUCAAACCACUCGAUGUUAAAACGAAAGUUUACAACGCAGAAUCUGACGACGUUUACCUCGAAGCCCAAAUCCAGAAUCAAACUGCUGGCCCGAUUUGUCUAGAAAAAGUUGUGCUCGAGUCAUCUCAUUUGUUUAGUGUAACAACAUUGAACACAAACCCUGAAGGAGAAUCUAUAUACGGUCGAGUGAAUGUAUUAGAUUCAGGAUCUAGCCGUCAAUAUCUUUAUUGCCUGACUCCGCAGCCAAACGUAUCAAAAGAUUCAAAAACGGGGAAUCCGAUCUAUGCAACUAACAUAGGAAAACUAGAUAUCGUUUGGCGCAGUAACUUAGGGGAAAGAGGGCGUCUGCAGACGAGUCAAUUACUAAGAGUGGUUCCAGAUUUUGGAGACUUGAGAGUAAAAAUGAGGGAUAUACCCUCUAAGGCUUUCCUAGAGAAGCCCGUUAAUUUUAAAUGUCAUAUCGUGAACACAUCAGAAAGAAGCAUGGACAUAAUGCUCGGUCUGGAAUCCAACAACUCGUUAGCAUGGUGUGGAGUUUCGGAGCGUGUCAUAGGGAAUCUAAGAUCUGGUGCAUCCUGUGAUAUUCCUUUAUGUUUGAUUCCACUUGACACAGGACUUGUCCCCCUCGCACUCGCCACCCCUGGUUCGAUCUAUCGCGAUUCGAAAUUGAAAACCGGAAAUGGCUGACCUCGCAUAAUCGCGGAUGUUUCACAUGUCGAUAGGUAUCGCGACGCUCCUCCUUUUCCGGUGUGAUUGUGUCACAGGUCUCCGGGUAAUAUUUUUGGUCUUUUAUUCAGUACACAAAUAAUCUAUUCAGACUGCUAGAGAAAAUUUUCAAUGUGUUCCAUUGGAUUGGGUAAAAUUUCUUCUAUUGUAUAAACGUAUAUUGACAAGAGCUUCUAUCGUCCUGCUGUUUAAAUAUUUGUUGAUAAUUUCGUACAAGUUUUGAGUCCUUCCUCCGCCAUCCCAAUCUAAUGGAAGAUGAAAGCUGUCCAGUAGUUUGCUGUUCCGCCUAAAGGCGGUGCUUUUUUCUUUCUUUCUUUUUUUUUUAUUUGCAUGUGGUGACGUCACUAACGCUUUACAUAACUGCUAUGUACUACGCAUUACAAAUUUUUCAUUUGCAAUAUACUAAUUAAUAAUUCUAUUAAUUGUUUUCCUAUUCACGAAUUUUAUAUCGAUUAUUGUACAAAUCCUCGAGCUCAUUUGAUGGUACAAAAAAUUAAAGCGCAUACUUCGAGCACCGUGUCUAGGAUUGGACCCUUUCGACGAUAAAAGAAAAAUCUUUAAUUACUGGAUAAAUUUUUCGGAAUCAACAUUUAGUUAGAUUCGUCAAUUUUAAUAUAGCUCUCCGGGUUACAAAGACAUCGGGCAAUUUUUUCGAAUAUUCAAAAUGGUAGUUAAUGUCGUAGCUUUCCUUCAUAUUAUUUUUAUAAUUCACUUCUAUUUCGCGAUCUCAUUUUCCAUGACCCAAAUAUCAUCACGCGCAAUUAUUCGUCAAUUAGUAUUGCCAAAAUCUUGACAAGAUUAUAGUUAUUCGGCAAUCGACUAUCCAAUCUCAUUAUGAAUUUCUUUGUAUCGAGUGUAGUGAAAAAAUGCUAAAAAAUCAUGGCAUUGAGGAUAUUGUGGUAUAUAUGUAGCUACGUUUUCCAUUUCAUAUUAAAUUCGAUUUGAUUGGAUUCCAUUUGAACGCAGUUAGAAAUCGUGACGUAGCGGCGCUAGCCUGUGGGAGGGGAGGGAGAAACGCGCGCGUUGCAUGACGGUACGUCGUAUCGUUGAGGGGGGUUAAGGGUGAGGGGAGUACGAGGAGGGCGAAGAACGAAGAAGACGGGAUCACAAAAUGGCGGCCAAGCUCGGGCCCAUGACCAUAUAGUACGGGAAAAUUGGAUAUUUUUGCACAAUGUCGGGAUAUAAUAUAGCUAAUGCUAUCUAAGAUUGUGAAUAGGUGGUUGUUUGAUAGUAAAGAGGUUAAAUAGGGGUGAAAUAGUGUAAAAUAAGGGUGAAUUUGAGAAGUUGGUGGUACCCGUAAACGGGAAUGAUGCAGGUGAGUGGAAGGGUUCGAAAAUAGUUAAAUUUCGAGCUUCCCUCUAAUUUUUUAUCGAUAAUUGUUUGUUUUUGUUGACGAUAUGAAGAUCGCCGGUUAUUUGCGAUACGAAUUUACUGAAUAUGGCCACGGUGUUGUUUGGAAUAAGGUAAAAUUACUCUGCCACAUGCGUCUAGCUUGCUACGGGAUAGAAUAAUCAUCGUUAUUAUUUAAAUUAUUAUUUUCUAUUAUAUUUUGAGGGUUGUUAUGUAUAGGGCGGGGCCUUGUGCCCGUAAUGAGCUCGGGGACUCAACUCUUCUGUCGACCAAUUUUAUGCAACUUUGCAAAGUUUUUCAUCAACACAGUAACCUAUAAGUUUGUUUACAUUUACUAAAUAAGGGAUUUUUGAAUUAAAAUCUCCUUGUUCCAACCCAAUUUUUCCACAAAAUCAUUCCUCAACACUUCACCCAGCCCCUGGAAAGACUUAUUACAAAAUUCGUGACGGACCCAUUUUUGCAAAUUGAGCUUAAAGUUUGGCUAGCAUGUUAUCCACAUAACCUGCAACUCUUUACCUCAUGACAUUCCCUCAAAAAAUACCAUCCAUUCCAGUCUUUGUUUCAUUAUACAUCCAAAAGUUGCACAUUAUUCCAUCAAAACAUUACCCAUAGCUUUCCACAUAAUUUUCAUCCAAUUUUCACCAUAGAACUGCUUUGCUUUAUUGCUACAAUCAGCAGUAGCGUUCACAGUAUCCCAGCAACUUAAUGUAUUCGAUGAGUCUACCUUUAUCUCCAAAUCCAGUAAACUUAUUCAUAUUUCUGUCACAUUGACCCCGUCUCCUAUGGGGUGGCUUAGCCAUCCUUCUAUGAAACUCAAAAAUUCAUUCGCACUUAUCUGCAUACACAAUUUUACUUUGUAGUGAGUUGUUGCCAAAGAUGACAUGAUUUUUUCAAUUCCUUUUGCUGAAUUUUCAUCGCUAAUAACCACGCAGAUCACUAAUUCAGAACUUUCUGUCGUAUAACAGUGGAAACUGCUGUGCCUCUACUAAAUUAUAUUUUUCAAAGAUACUUUGCAUCGUCGAGAUAUGCUUAGCAUUGUUUUACAAUGCUGUAAAGCUAUAUCGUUGUAAUUAAUCGAGACUAUAUUCCUUCAGACUUGUUUCCCAAAUAAAUCAUCGUACAUCUAUUGAACAAGAAAAAAGAAAAAUCAAUUAUUCUUGGACCCAUUAAUCGAACAAUCCCACUUUUACCUAAAUAUACCAGAAGUAGCUCCUUCCAUAAAUUAAAAUUCUUUGCAUUAUUACAUUUGCUUGGUUGUGAACUAAUUCUUUUUUUUUCCUUUUCAUCCUUUAUUGCAAAUUUUAAAGUGGCAGUCAUUGGAAUCAAAGUUUUAUGCAACUCACAACUGAUUUCAAUAUUGUCAAAGAGUAGAUUUUCAGAUAACUUUCACCUACUUAGAGCAAGAUUACUAAAAACAGUUGAUGAUUUUUAUCAAAUUCUCUUGUUCUUCAUUUACGUUUUCAACAAUAUCAAUACUCUGAUUUGUUAUUUCUAUUCCACUCUUCAGUAUUUUUAUUAUUUUGGGAAUUAUCUAUUUUUUUUAUACGUGGCAAGGCACUAGCCUAAUUUACAGAUACAGAUAUAAAAAGUUGGCUGCUCAAUGGUCAGAGCAACUAUGCUUGCAUUAGAUUUGGUAAGGUCAAUAAAAAUUUUUCUACAUCAACACUAGUGAAUAAUCUAAGAUCAUCUAAUGGGACGUUGAAACUAUUGUAAAACUGACUAUUGUAUCAACACUAAAAUGUUGAUGUAAGUUGAAACAACAAAUAAUAAUAAAAUGAACUCGUUCAAUCACAAUUUAAAAAA